GUGGCUUAUUGGCCGUUCUAAAAAAAAAAGCGUGAAUUCUCGUGUAAGGGCCGCUGAUGAAUUCAACUCAAAUCUCACUAGUUUUUUUUAGACGUUUUGUUUACAUUAUGCUGGUAUUUAUUUAAGUUAUAAAUAUUAAAAUGUCUGUGGGUUACAUACAGUCCAAAGUUGAAAUUGAAGUGGUAAAAACUGUUAAAUGCGGACAUCCUGAAAUUGCAGAUACACCUAUUGUGUGUGCCCUCGACGAUGAACAUAGUUCCGAAAUCGCACUGCUUCCUUCAUUUUGCGUAAAGCCGGAAAGUAUUGAAAGCGAUGACCCGAAUUUUGCGAUAUCACCUGACAAGGAUCACGUAGCAAAUCAACGAAAAAAUGUAAUUGGUCCCCGGAACUAUACAUGCGAAAUUUGUAAUAAAUCAUACAGCAUGAAGCGACUGUUGACGAUCCACGAGCGCGUACAUACCGGUGAUCGACCAUAUUCCUGUAAUCUCUGCGGCAAAACAUACAUGAAAAAUGACCAUUUGAGCCGACACAAACGAAUUCACACUGGCGAACGACGAUAUCGCUGUCGGGUCUGCGGCAGAGAAUUUCUAACGUUUGAACAACGAGAGCAGCAUCGAAAAAUGGGCCAUGACAACAUGAAACAUGUUUGCGAAAUCUGUGGCAAAAAGUUUAUCGGCAGCGACGUCUUUACGCGGCACAGUUUCACCCACGCGAUGGUGAAACCGCACAAGUGCGAUAUUUGUGGUAAGGAAUUUGCAUCACGCGAAGAACUGAAACGUCACACGUUCCAGCAUACGGGCGAGCGUCCCCAUAAGUGUGAUGUUUGUGGUAAAGGAUAUGUCGCGAAAAGCAACCUGAAGCGUCAUCAGCGUACGCACAUCGACAUCAAUCUCGUUGAACACAUGUUCAAGUGUGAAUACUGCGGUAGAGUGUUUCUCGAGGCGAAAGAUCUCACUCAGCAUACGCUCAUUCACAGCGGUGAUCGUAACUUCAAAUGUGACAUCUGCGGAAAAGGGUUCUUGAAGAAUGCUCACCUAAAUUACCACAUCCGUAUUCAUACGGACGAACGACAGCACAAAUGUGAUCUUUGUGGGCAACAAUUCCUGCGAGGCGGACACUUGACUCAACACAAACGUCGGCAUUUUAAUGAUCGACCUCACGGUUGUGAUGUGUGUGGCAAAAGUUUCGUGGAAAGUUGCCAUUUGAAAGAACAUAGGAAGAUUCAUGAAAGAACGACGGAUGCUAGUAAACGGAACAGAAAAAAAAUGCAAUCGACAGAGAUGAUGAACUUUCCAGUUAAUAACGAGCCCAAACAAAAAGAGGAAAAAUUUAUCGAGACGUAGCAAAGUUACGGUGAAGAAGAGGUUUUUGUUGAAGAAAUGUGUCAUCUAUAGUCACUUGUGAUAAAACUCACGAACAUUAGCUAUCUGAAAUAACCCAGCUAUUGAACUGUGAAAGCCGUUGACUACGGUUUGGAUGUGCACGUGAAGCUGAUUAUUGGUUUUCAUCAAGGGGCAAAUCACUCUAAACUCUAGACAAUCUCAUACUAAUAAACUCAUGUCAUUCCAAAAUAAUUUUCUCUAAUCUUAUUUAAUCCAAACUAGUCUAGAUAAGUUUGGGUAAUUUAAAACUAAUCCAACCUAGUUUUGCCUAAUCUUGUUUGAAGUGUAUCUGUCAUUCGAGCUCCCACGCAGAGAUGCCAUUUAUACAGAUUUAUCUGUAUUAUACAGAUUUUUACAUGCGCAUACAGAUUUAAUACAGAGCAGGCGCGUAGCCAGAGAAAAUUUUCGG